AUGCGUCGGGGGAGGCUGGCCCCCGCCACCCUGUCCAGGUGUGACUUUGGGCCACCGUGGGGCCGGGUGGCCCUGACGCAAGCGCUGCCUGCCCGGCUGGCUCUGCCGGCGGGACGCGGCAGGAGGAAACGCGUGGCAGCUUCGCCGCCCUCCUCCCAACCUCUGCCGGCGUUUGGCCUCCUCCGGAGGCGGUUUGGCUGCCGAGCUGACACCAUGAACCAGCUGAUCCUUUGCACGCUGCUUCUCUUGGCCCUCGGGGAGCUGGCUGGGGCAUGUCCAGCGGGCUGCCAGUGCCAAGACCCCAAGACCAUCCUGUGCGCGGCCAGACGGGGCCAGACCGUGCCCCGGGGGCUGCCCCCCAACACCCUCUCCCUCUACGUCUUUGAGAACGGCAUCACGAUGCUCAGCGAGGACAGCUUCGCCGGCCUGCCCGCCCUCCAGCUCUUGGACCUCUCACAAAAUAAGAUCGCUAGCAUCCAGAAAAACAUCUUCCAGCCCCUGACAGAGCUCGUCAACUUGGACCUGUCCUCCAACCAGCUGCAGGAGAUCACCAACGAGACCUUCCACGGGCUGCGGCUGCUGGAGCGGCUCUACCUACAGAGGAACAGGAUCCAGCACAUCCAUGCCGCUGCCUUUGACACGCUGGAGAACCUGCUGGAGCUCAAGCUGCAGAACAACCAGCUCUGGGCCGUGCCCCCCCUUAACCUGCCCAACCUCCUGCUGCUGGACAUCAGCUGGAACAAAAUCCCUGCCAUCGCACCGGGGGCCUUCCACGCUGUCAACAUCGAGUCCCUGAAGAUCGCGGGGCUGGGCCUGACGAGCUUAAACGAGGAGCUCUUCCAGGCCCAGAACAACCUCCACGAGCUGGACGUCUCCGACAACCUGCUGGAGCGCGUCCCGGCGGUGCUGCGGCGGCUGGGGAGCCUCACCAAGCUCAGCCUGGCUGGCAACGCCCGCAUCUCCCAGCUGCUGGCAGAGGACUUCCACAACCUUCACAACCUCCAGGAGCUGGACAUCAGCAACCUCAACAUCAACACCAUCCCUCGGGAUUUCUCCAGCUUCUUCCCCAGGCUGCGGGCUGUGACGGCCUCUGGCAACCCCUUCAACUGCAUCUGCCAGAUGAGCUGGCUGGUGCAGUGGGUGAACGCCAGCAGCGUGGUCCUCCGGCGGCCCGAGGAGACGCGCUGCCACUUCCUCACCUGCCACCUGGGUGCCCAAAACCACCUGGAGUGCCUGUGCCCGGAGGGUUUCGCCGGGGCGUACUGCCAGGCAGAGGUGAAGGGGACGACGCCGUCCCCGGCCACGCAGGCCCCGCCGCCCGGCCGGCGGAUCAGCAUCACGCAGGUCAGCAGCACCUCCCUCAAAGUGGACUUGCAGAACUACGUCCAGUCCAAAGUGCAGCUGAAGGGGAUCCGCUUGAGCUACCGAAAUCUCUCCGGGCCGGACAAGCGACCGGUGAUGCUGCGUUUGCCGGCUUCGCUCUCUGAGUACACGGUGCGGGCGCUGAAGCCCAACUGCACCUACCGCGUCUGCAUCGGGCCCCUGGGAGAGAAGGUCUCCAAGGAGGAGCACUGUGCCGAGGCGCAGACCUUGCCGGUCAGCCACCAGCAGCACUCGCCCGUCACCCAGAGCAAGGACAGCAACCUGACCCUGAUGAUCGUCCCCGCGCUGGCCGCCGUGCUGCUGCUGGUGGUGGUGGUGACCGCCGGCACCUACUACCGCCGGCACCGCCGGGCGAAGGCGCACGCUGGCGCCAGAGCGGAUGCCAGCCCGCUGGAGCUGGAAGGGGUGAAAGCCUGCUUGGAAAAUGGGGAUUUGAGCAGCCACGGCCGCAAGGUGCCGGAGGCGGCGAUGCUUUCCGGCGGCUCCGAGUGCGAGGUCCCGCUCAUGCAGUCGCACUACCCCAGCAACAACAACACCCCGGGGCUCAAACCCUCCUAUUUCUGA